AUGAAAAAACAACAUGAUCAACAAUUAGUACGAAUAAAAACUCUGGUCGAUUCGAAUGAUGAUGAUGAUGAUGAUAUGACAUCAACAUCAUCGAUUAGUAUUGAUAAUGAAAGUGAUCAUUCAUCAAAAAUAACAAAUUUAAUGCGUGAAAAUGAACGAAAAAUUCGAAGUUUAAGUGAAAGUUAUAUGAAUAGAUUUCUUUUAAUUGGUCAACAAUUACAAGCAUUACCAGAAACAUCAAAUAUUCUUGCAAUACCAUCAACAAUGAGAAGUAUUGUUCAAAGAAAAUCAUCAAGAAUAGAACUUGAAACUAUGUCAUCAUCACCAUCAUUAAAUUUAUUUUUUGAAACACUUAAACAAUUAAUUAUAAAAGAAGAAAAAAAACGAGAAAAAUCUUAUUUACCACCGAAUGAUGAGAAUACAUCAUCGGAUUCAUAUACACGUCUUUCUAUUGGAAUUACACAAUGUUUACGUGAUUAUGAAGGUGAAAUAAAUCAUGCUAAACGAAGAAUUAAUGAUUUAAAUGAACAACAAGAGCAUAUUUUAAAUGAAAAUAAACACGUUGUUUCACAAUUAACUGAAGCAUUUGAAAAAAAUACAAUAUCUCUUCGACAAACUUAUGAAAAACGUUUAGCUAAACAACGUGAAGAAUCAUUAAAAAUUGGUCAUUCAUUAGAUAAUUAUAAAGUUGAAAUAUUAACAUUAAGGGAAGCCUAUGAAAAAAAACUUCGAGUAAAAGAUGAAUUAAUUCAUGAACUCAAUGAACGAUUGGCUAGAAAUGAAACUGAACAAGCAGCAAGUCAACAUGCACUUCAUCUAAAAAUUGAACAUUUUCAACAAAGUUUCGAAACAUUACAAGCACGUAAUAAACAAAUAGAACAAAAUAAUCAAAUUAAAAUGAAAGAAAAUCAUGAUCUUCUUACACAAACAUCAAAUUUACAACUUCAAAUUCAACGUUUACAACAAACAAUAACAACUAAAGCAAAUGAAUGUAUAGAAUUAUCUCAAAAAUUAGCAUCAACAUUACCUAAAUUAGCUGAAUGUGAACAUUUUGGAUCUGAACUACAACAAUGGUUUUCAUUAAUUUCACCUGAAAAUAAUUCAUCAAAUUUAACACUUGAUGAAAUGUCAACGAUUGUCUCAUCAAAAAUUUCUCAUUUUGAAAAUUUCAAAAAACAACUUGAUUCAAUUCAUGAAGAUUUAGAUCAUGCAUAUAUUUUAGAAGAUAAUCAUUUAUCUGAUCGUAUUCGUCAUCUUAUUAAUCAUAACAAACAAUAUGAAACUGCUCAUAAUGAUAUAAGUAAUAAAUAUCAAGCAUUAUUACUUCAAACAAAUAUGUUAACUGGUAUAAUAAAACAACAUAGUACAGAAGUAGCUAAUCAUAAAACAAAUGAAGAACAAUUAAAAGAUUUUAAUGAACAGCUUUUAAAUGAAAGUCAAAAAAUAAAAAUUGAAAUACAAGAUUAUCGUUCAAAAUUACUUCAAAUAACAAAUACAAAUAAUCAAUUAGAACAUGAAUGUAGUUUAAAUAAACAACAUUCAAGAGAUUUACAAGUUAAAUAUGAAACAUUAAAAGCUGAAAACCAAAUGUUAGCAAAUGAAUUACAAACAAAACGUGAAGCAAUGAAACGUUAUGAACAAGAAUUACAAUCAAUGAAACAAUUAUUUGAAAUGACAGUAAAAGAAAAACAAAUACAAAGUGAUCAAUUAAAACAUGAAAGACAAUUAUUUCAAACUGAAAAUGAUACACUAAAACAAAUAGUUAUUCGUGAUGGAUAUGAUAAAAAAACAAUCAAUCAAUUACAAUUUAAUUUAAACACGUUACAACGUCAAAAUAAUAAAUCACAAAAAGACAAAGGAACAAUUAAUGAUGAAUCGCAUCGUAUAUCAAAGAGUUAUUCGCAUGAAAGUAUUCGUUUUUUUCCAUUAAAUGAACAGGAUGAAGAUGAAACAAUAGAAAAUGUAAUAACUCGUCGAGCAACAUCAACACCAACACCAAAAGAAAAUGAAAAUCAACAACAGUUAAAUAUUCAAUCGUUAGGAGUAACUAAACAAAUUAAUCAAGUAUUAAAUGAUAUGAAAAAUUUAUUAACACAUGGACGUGAAGUCGUUAUUAAACAUGAAGAAGAUAUGAUUCCAGAACGAGAUUUUAAAGUACAAGAAACAAGUGAAUCACGACGUUCAAGAAAAGAACGAACAACCGUUGUAGAUAUUAAACAGCAUUAG